UACAACGAAGCCGUUUGAAAGAGACGUGCGUUGCAAAUUCGCGUGAUGACCGCUGUGGUUGGAAUGUACAAUUCGCCGAACGAACGAGAUUAGUGCUUAUCAUUAAUAGUGUGACGAAAGAGUGAAGGCACGGACAGGCCGAUACCCAUCCAGCUGACAGCAUGUUUCGCUCGAAGAAGGAUGUCGAUCGUCAUGUUCAAAAUGUCUUCAGCAAACUACGGAACGAGAACGAGAAAGAUCUUCGUUGUUACAAUGUUGCCAAAUUGUAUUAUCAAGUAGGUGAUUAUGAAUCCGCAAAAAGAUAUGUAUCGAAUUAUUUAGCAGUACGAGAUGGUUCAGCUAGCGCACAUAAGUUGUUGGGCCAGACAUAUGAAGCUCUUGGUCAAAAGGAAGCAGCUUUCAAUGAGUACAAAAUUUCUCUUGAACUUGAAGGUAGACAAGAUGAUCUUGUCUUAAAAGUAUGUGAAUUAUUGGCUGACAUGGAUUUAGGAAUGGAUAUCAAUAAAGUAGAAUAUUGGAUAGAUAGAGCUGAUAGACAAUUUCCACAUCACCCAGUAGUUUUUCAAUUAAAAGAGAAGUUGUUGACUAUAAAAAGACCAAACAAUAACAAUGAAGAUUAUGAGAAACUUAUCAAAUCUGAAAUGACUGCUAGACCAAAUGAUGUUCAACUUCCCUUCAAAUUAUUAAAUCAUUAUAUAUCAGAGCGCAAAUACAUUAAAGCUUAUGAAUAUGCUGCUAGUGUGGAGGCUGAUGUUCGUCAUAGAAACAGCAUUAUGUGGUAUCAAAUACUAUAUGAGUUAUUAACAAAGUGUAAAGACACUAAAUCUUCUGAUUGGUCCUUCUGGUUUUUCUAUAUAUCUGUAUCGGAUAGAUAUGCAGCAUUGUGUCUUAAGGAACAAGGCAAUGAAAUAAAGAAAAGCAUUUCAGAAGCAACACAAGCAGUAUUCAAUUUUGACCAAAACUUAUAUGAGAUGGAGUUAAAAAACUUUUCUAAGCAGCAUCCCUUUAUGGAACACUUGCUUACACACAUGUGGGGUCAGUUGCACUUCCAUUUGGCAUGUUUAUUACUGCGCAAAACAAAACGCGAACAAGGUAGCUGGAGCGAAGCGGGAAGACUAUGCGCGCCUUUAUUAUUAGUCGCUUUACAUAUGACUCCAUUGGAAGCUCGUACAGGCAUACAUCUAAAAGAUGAUGCAUCUAAAAAUCUAUUAAAUGUAUGGAUUAAAGAGGCUGCGUAUCGAUGCUGUCAAGCUGGUUACAUUCUUCAAAACUAUGCCAGGGAUGAUACAAAAAAACUAUUGGAUAAAAUUGAUAAAUUUUGCACAGGACUCUGGAGAGAACGUAUCUAUCAGAGAAUUUUUGUAACCAGAAUACAUCUUGAUCAUAUGCAGAGUUCAUGUUUUUGCAAUUAUUCAGCUUCUGAUCCACCUCUACGUUUUUGCACUGCAAGUCAACUAAGACAUUACAGUCAAAUUGCACAAGAAGUGUGGCCUGCUUCUUUGCAUCAUCAAAUCUGGUUCGGAAUGGAGAAUCGACCUCAGCAUAAAGACGCUCCAUAUCCAGAUCAAUAUUCGCGUGUAUUCGCGAAUAUAACAGAGUUGCAAUUUUCGGUAUUCAAUACAAACCAAGCAGCGCCAGACACACUAUGUCUCCUCGAUAUUGACGCAUUUCUCAACGCAGCGAUACUCUGCUCGUCUGCCAUUCUGGAGGAACAACAACUCGGUAGCUUCAUCAAUCCCGAAAAAUUGCCGACACUGCCGGUCGAUUUAACCGCGACGUUAUCUACCGUCAAUCAAGAAAAAUGGUGGUCCGCGGCAUAUAAAAUGUGCUCUAAGCGACAAGAAGUAGACAGCGAUAUCGGCGAACUGCGGCAGGAGUUGCAGCAAGGUUUGGAAAUCGUUCGCUGCAUCGGCAAUCAUGGUAUGCAUCCAGUAUUGUUGGUGCAUCUAGCGCGCAUGUUCCAUUAUCGCGCGAAGAUAACGAAAGAGAAAGAUGCAGAGAACGCCUACAUUCCGAGAUGGGAGGCACGUUCCGAGUUGUACUGGACCGCCGCUAUACCGCUGUUGGAGAGACUGCAGAAUAAUCAAACUUUACGUAUGUCAUCGUCAAAGCUAUUUAACUAUCAGGGCAAGGAGAUGAAUAACUUCGAGUUAACAAAUGCCCUUGAAGAAGGCAAGUUGUUAUUGGCGCAGCGGCUCGUACGCGAUAAGCAGUAUGAGCAGGCAAUUGACGCUCUUCAGGCACUGAAGUGCCCAGAGGCGUCGUUCCAGCAAGCGCAAAUCUAUAAAAUGUUCGCAGAUGAGAUAGUAAAUUCCACGCCUCGCGAAAGUCUGACAUCAGAGAUGCGAUCGCAGCACGUCAUAAUGUUGACGAAGGCAAGAAACUGCUUUUACCUUACAUUGGACCGCCUUCGUAGUCCCGGCACGAAUCCCAAGCACCCACUGAAUGCCGAACUGGGUACUCAUAUUACUGACAUCGAGAACGAAUUAAAAAGGAUAGAUCCGGAUCUUGGCAGAGGUGAUUUAAGUAGAAAUGACAUCGAUAAUAUAUCCGAUGAGAGUUAUUCUCCCACUCAUAGCGCUGUAGAUCAUGCAGUCACAAAUCCGACAUUGCUGAAUACAUUAACUGGUAAUAAUUCAAACAUGCUGAGCACUCCUCAAAGGAAUGCUCAUCGUACGCCGCGUCAUGCCAGCACGCCAUGCAGACUGCAAUAUCAGGAUUAUUUGAAUCUAUCGAAGAAUCGUACGGAAGCGCGCCCAAGUCCGGAGCGUCUCGAUGCCCAGAUACGUCAAAUCAUGCAAUCCCGGGACAACGAGAUGCAGGAGCUGAUGGAACAGAUGAAGAACAUGGCGAUACAGAUAAAAACGUUGAAUGAGAAAAUGGAUACUCUGACGAAGGAGGUGGUGGAAUCGCGUAAAGAGAAUCAGAAGCAACAGCAGCAGCGUGUACAACAGCAACAGAACGUCAAUCCUGCCGUCGAUCCCAACGAUUUCUAUGUUCUUGACGACGAUGAGUACGCCGAUUUGAGUUACCAAAAUCAACCAACUGGACCGGCAUCUUCCAUCUCUGGUAAUAUAUUCGCAUCUCAGCAUGCUCGGCAUGCUUAUUCGUCACUGGUAUAUCCUCCCGCGGCGGCCGCCGCCGCCUUCCAAGGCUAUUAUCAGAGUGGAAUACCAUUUACCGAUCCAAAUGCUCAAGCGGCUAUAUCAUCUUUAUAUCCACAUACUGUUUAUCCAAUGCCAGUACUGUAUCCUAAUCAAUCAAAAGUGCCAGAUAAUCCGUUACAGCAGGGUCUUUUCCAAUCGACGCUUUCCUCGCAAUUGCCCGAUCUCAUGCCGGCAGCAGCGGCGAAUCCGUCGUUGCAGAUACCGCUGCAACAGAAAAUCGAGACACCGCGAACAAAACCUGAGACUAUGAUGACAACUACGACGAUCAUCAAAGACGCACCAGUAAACAAGACGCCACCCGUGAAUGUGGUUAUCACGACAUCCGAUACAUUACCAACCACAGUGCCGUCUAUUCAACCGACCUUGAGUGUCACCAUACCACCGCAAUAUCGAUUGGGAGGAGGAGCGGUUGUCACUUUCUCUACGCCUGUAACAACAGCAACAACAGCGACAAUAGCUACAGCGUCAACAACAAUGACGACAAAAUCAUCAUCGUCAUCGAACGCACCACAUUGUUACCAGAUUGCUAUGCCUUCGCAGGCCACUAUACCGACCACUGUCAAUUUACCGCCGACUACAAUUUAUGUAACACCAACUAACAUCAACGUACCACCAAUCUACGCCAAUUUUACAACGCCCAGUACACCAUCUACAAUUACGAUCACCCAUACAACUCCCAGCAAUACUCUAUUAAAUGCUCAGAAUAAUGGUACUAAUAUUAAGACACUUGAUAAAGCAGAUAAUAUCGCUAAGCCUAUCUAUGAACCGAUUGAAUCACCAAACACUUCCACGGAAAUAUGUGAACAGGAACACGAUCCGAUACCAGAUUUCGUGCCAGUCAUACCUUUGCCCGCGAAAGUGAAAGUUACCACCGGUGAAGAAGACGAGGAUACUCUGUAUUGUAACCGAGCUAAGCUGUUUCGUUUUGUCGAUAAAGAAUGGAAAGAGCGCGGUGUCGGUUAUGUGAAACUGCUGCGUAAUAUGGAGGGUAAGAUACGCUUGCUGAUGCGUCGCGAUCAAACUCUAAAGAUCUGUGCAAAUCACAUGCUAAGAUCAGAUAUGGAAUUGACCCCAAUGGCAAACAAUAACAAGGCCUUGUUUUGGGUCGCUAACGACUUUGCUGACGAGGAAGUGAAACUGGAGAAAUUUUGCAUCAGAUUCAAGACUGCUGAGGAAGCAGUAGCGUUCAAGGAGGCUUUUGAUCAGGCAAGACUAAGUCUAAUCGAAACAUCUUCGGAAAAGACCGCUGAUAAAAUUUCCACUCCUUCCAGUGAUGCGCCCAAGAUUCAAAAAGCACAGCCGACGCAACAAGCCAAGAUAAGUUCAACAACAGAAGCAGUUUUAUCGGAUAAAUCGAAACCGGGCACAACGACGCUAGGAGGAUUUUCUUUCAGUUCAAAACCUAUCAUCCAAGAAGUUAAAGAUGUCGAGGCGAAUGGUUCUAAGAAAACCGAGGAAACUUCGAAAGUCAGUCCGUUCAGCGGAUUUACGUUCAAAUCGCAGAGUAAAUCUGAAGAUGCGAAAAGUACGACUACCGCAACGAGCACCUCCACGCAAUCGGCAAAAUUUCUUUUCUCUUCGACUGCGGUAACGAUUUCGCAGCCAUCUGAUUUAAGUGCAACGCCGAACAUAUCACCGAUAUUUACCUCAUCUCCAGCACCCGCCCAAAAUUCCACGGGAUUGAGGAGACCUCGUUUGCCGCCACCCGGUGCUAUGAAAUCGGCAUUCAAGGAGGAAACACAACCACAAUCUGAAAGCGAAUGGAAAUUAUUUAAUGGAACGGCAAGUCUUCAAUGUCAGCACAGCAGCAACACCAAUGCUAAGUGGAAAAAUAAAGGUACAGGACUGAUAAUGCUAUUAUUGGACACAAAAUCUGGUAAGAUUCGUUUGUUAUUGAUGGACGACAAAAGCUCCAUCCUUUAUGGUCACGGAAUACCUCUGGACAUGGCGUUUACGUAUAAGAGCGGCGCUACAGUUGUCAAUUGGACCGUUCCGGGAGAUGCCAAGGAACCCGGUAAAACUUGGUCGUUACAUGCCGCGACUUUUAAAACUUCGGAAUUAGCCUCAAAAUUCUAUAAUGUUGUAUCGAGCUGCCAGCAAAAGCUAGCCAAAGGUUGCAGCCCAAGUGAAGUCGCAAAAGAGUUUGAGAAGAAGGCGUCAUCAAGCGAUAACAAGGGCCAAAAUGCACAAGCGAAAUCUCAACCCCCACCAUUGUCGGAACUAUUCAAAUCACCAACCGGUUCCUGGGAAUGCAGUAGUUGUUAUACUAGAAACAACGCUACAGAUAUGAAAUGCAUAGCUUGCGAGGCUUCAUCACCGUUUUUGACAGCGAGUCAUCAGAGCAACUCCGUUGUCGCUAAUAACAAGCCUAUCGAUUCCGACAAACUGCCAUUAUCGGAAUUAUUUAAGCCACCAACCGGUUCCUGGGAAUGCAGCAGUUGUUAUACUAGAAACAAUGCUACAGAUGUGAAAUGCAAGGCUUGCGAGACUCCGUCGCCGUUUUUGACGAGUCAUCAGAGCAGCUCUGUCGUCACUAAUAACAAGCCUAUUGAUUCUGACAAACCGCCAUUGUCGGAAUUGUUCAAAUUACCCGCCGGUUCCUGGUCUUGUCCGGACUGCUAUGUCACCAAUUCCAAUACAAACAUCUACUGCGUCGCCUGUGACAAACCUAAGGAUCCGUCACAACCACCCAAACCACAGCAAACUAACUUUUUCCAGUUAUCCUCUUCCAUCGCAACGCCACCGAUGACUACGUUCUCUUUCGGCAUUCCUAAAGACACAGCCAAGGAGACUGCCAGUACUGGUUUUAGUUUCCGAAUGCCGAAGACAGAAGAUAAAAGUGCUGAUGGUGUGAAAACGACUUUAUCUAAAUCCGAGGAGACUACAAGCUCCAACUUCGUGUUUGGUAUCCCAGUGAAAACUACCGCUAACUCGGGAGACUCACCGUUUACUUUUGGUUCUCCCACCAAGUCGUUCGGUUUUAAUUUUGCAGCCAAGUCACCAGCUAAAUCACCUGGCGGUGCCGGCGGCGAGACCAGCGAGGAUGAAGUGGUGGAAAGUGAAGACGUUCACUUCUCGCCGGUUAUACCAUUGCCGGACAAGAUCGAGGUAAAGACUGGCGAAGAGGAUGAGGAAGUGCUUUACAGUCAUCGAGCGAAGUUGUUUAGAUUUGACACCGCGACGAAGGAGUGGAAAGAACGUGGAUUGGGUGAUAUCAAGUUGCUGCGCCACAAGGAGACUGAUAAACUACGAUUGAUUAUGCGACGGGAGCACGUGUUGAAGCUGUGCUUGAAUCAUCAUUUGUCCGAUGAGCUAGAAUUCACACGGAAGGAUGAAAAAACAUGGUUGUGGGCCACGGGGGAUUAUAGCGACGGCGAGAUCGAGUAUAUGCAAUUUGCCUGCCGCUUUAAAACAUCUGAGAUCGCAACGGAUUUCAAAAAAGCAGUUGAUGACGCCAGAAAAAAUUUUAUUAGCAGCAGUAACGAGAAAGUGGACAAAUCCGCAACAACAAAAACACCGACACGGACGAACGGCUCACCGGUAGAAGAAAUUGAAAUCAUCUACGAGACGAAAGUCACUCCAGAAGAGAAGGCGGCUGCCUUAAAAUUACAAUUACCGGAGAAUUUCUACGCUUAUAAACAAAAGGAAGAUUGUCCCGGUUGCAUAGGCUGUAGAAAACCGAGCAUAGUAUUAUAUCCGGAUAUCGCUGCACAAGACUCAACGAAAUGGAAGUCCAUACCAGAAGAGAAAACGGCAACUUUAUCGAAACUCGCUUCGAAUGUGACUACGUCGAACGAGCCUAAAAAUAUCGAUACUGCUCAAAACGUAACGCAGCCUACGUCUGUGAAAAAUGGAUUCUCUUUCACGACGCUUACUCCAACGACGUUCGUGUCAUCUUCGGCCACAUCGAACAUUUUCGAUAGUUCCACGAUGAGCUUUGGUAUCGGCGAUUUGAAGCUGUUCAACGAUAAGAAGACUACAACUUUCUCGUUUGGCAUGAACCCGCAGUUCAGCAGCAACGAAACGACGACGAGUACCUCGCUUGAAAAUAUCAAGAUCUGCAGUCCUUCCAAUGCUGAAACCGUGCAAACUACUUCUAGUACAGCUGACACAACUGUACAAUCGAUAUUUGGCCAACCGACAUCAAUCACAUCCAUAUUUAAAACGUCUUUUCCUUUUGAUGCUGGCAAGAAUAUUUUUGGCGGCGCCUCCAAGACCACGAACGCGACUUCGCCGAAAACGUCUAUGUUCGGAGGGAACGGCGAUGGCAACUCCUUCAACAUCACGAAGACAACUUCCACUGCCAUCACUACGACGAAUUCCACUUCGAAAACAUUUUUGCCGACCGUAACUACUACCAUGGGAAGUAGUUCUUCGUUUUUGUUUGGCUCGGCAGUCGCGCAACCAACUUCCAAAGUCAACGACACUAUUGUCGUCACGUCAACAGUUAAUCAGUCGAAUAACUCAGUGUUUAACACUAACGUUACGCCCUUUUCCAAACUAACAUUCGGUACUUCGUCAUUCGAUAAUUCUACGACAAAUAUUUUUAGUACCACACCGGCAACGACGACGUUAAACAUUUUCAGUACGGCACCGAUAACGACAAAUAUUUUCACUACAGCACCGGUAACGACGACAAGUAUUUUCAGUACGACAUCGGCAACGACAAAUAUCUUUGGCGCAACACUCACGACGACGACAUCGAACGUUUUCGGAACAAAAUCGUCAGACAAUGUCCAGAAGAAUGAGGGCAGCCCCAAUUUUUUCUCGACGAACAACGUAUCGUUCUCAGCACUCGCUUCGGUAGCAGUGCAACCGGAAGCCUUCAAAGUUGAUCCCAACUUUACAUUUGCCGGUGCGGGAUCAACAGUGUUUGGUUCGAAAUCUGUCGCAUCAUCAUCGCUGAACAGCUCGGUAACUGGUCAGAAUAAAUCGCAUGAAGAUUCCGUACAAAAAGAGGAUAAUGAAGAGGAUGACGGUGAAGCAGAUAACGAACAGGAGCACGAUCCUCAGUUUGAACCCAUUAUACCUUUACCAGAUGCCAUUGAAGUUCGAACCGGCGAAGAAGAUGAAGAAAAAGUAUUUGCUCAUAGAGCUAAGUUAUACAGAUACGAUAACGCUACUAAGGAGUGGAAGGAGCGCGGUGUCGGUGAGAUGAAGAUUCUGUAUCACGCGGGACACGGCAGCUACCGGCUAUUGCUACGCCGCGAGCAAGUUCACAAGAUCGUUUGCAACUUUCUUCUCAAUCCCGACGUAGAGUUCCGUCCACUCUCCACAUCGGAUCAAGCUUGGAUGUGGGCCGGCAUGAAUUAUAUCGAACAGGAAGCCUGUGCCGAGCAAUUAGCGGUUAAAUUUAAAUCACCCGAUGUGGCCCGUCAAUUUAAGGCGCACAUCGAUAAGAUUCAACAAGAAUUGCAGGAAAAGAAAAAUACUCAAGAUGAGAGAUGUGCCAGCGGUGUGGAGGACAGCGAAGAACGUAAUCAAAAUAAUGAUGUGAAUGAGGAGGAAGACGACGAAGAGGAAGAUGACGAAAAUGAAGAGGAAGACGACGAAGAUGAUCAGGAAAUGAUUCCCAUUAUUGAGAAACGUGCCACUGUAUUCGCGAGAUGGCCGAACGAAACUGAGUGGGAUGUCGUAGGCUUGGGAAAUCUGGCGAUCCAUUACGACUCCGACAUCUACGCGGAAAGAAUUGCACUGAAACUUGACGAUUCGGAGGAAUAUGCCAGUAACACUAUCAUCAGUAUGGAUUCGGUGAUGCAGGUGGAAGGUAAAGAAUGCAUUUGGAGCGGGAUCGAUUUCGCUUUAGAACCUCCAGUGAGAAGAGUUCUAAAAGCAGUCUUUUCGUCGGCGCAAGCAGCGCAAGAGAUACAUACGUUUUUCGAAGAUGGAGUGGAUAGCGCGAAGCAAGUCGGUGUUGUCGAGUAUCAAGAAGAAGAUUUAGGAUCUUAAGCUAAUAUAAAUAGUUGAUAGUUGACACACUGUUAUUAUACAUACUUCACACUAUCUUCCUAUUAUAGUAUAAAUAUAGCGUACUGUUUCUUGUCGUUCCUUUUAAGUUAUAACAAUAAGUAAGGGAAAAUACACAUGCUAGAGUUUUACAUGUAGCUUCUUCUUUCUCUUUUUUUUUCUUUUUAGAAUCAAGACAUGAGUUUGACAAGUACAAUAAUUAUCUGUAUACGCAUGUGAAAAAGUGCAAGCUCCCGUUGUAAAAAUUUAUGUGUGCUAUAGAAAAAUUCUUAUUUAUAAUAUAGAAAAUAGAAAAGAUUCAACAUCACGUUUGUUUAUUUUUUGUAUUAAUCUAUAAGAAUCUUUAUGAGUCAUCAUUUCAUUUUUGUUUUUUUUUUUUUUUUUAAUGAAAUGUGCCAAAACCAAACACUUUCGUAAUGAAAACAAUUAUAUUGACCUAUAUUAAAACUCAGUAAUUAUAUUAAAAGUAUAUAUUUUUAAAUAAUCUGUUUUUAAAUAAUCUAUUUUUAAAUAAUCUGUUUGAAAAUUGUAUUGGCAACAAAUAUAUAUUGAAUGCUCAUAGUAAGAUAAUAGCACACGAAUUAUUUCUUACUAAUUGAUUAUAAUGAUCACAUUAAGUCACAAAAAUCUCAAUGUUUAUAUUUGAUUAGAUUACAAAAUUAUUGCAUCACUAAAAUUAAUGGUUAUUGUAAAUAUUAAGACCUUAUAUCUAGUAAUAAGAUGUAAAAUCUUUUUUGGACUGAAAUAGAAAUUGUCAAAUGAACAUUACUAUAAUGUAGUAUAUAAUAUAUAUAAUAUACAAUGUAAAAUAUUUGAUUAAA